CUUAGCUACCCCGGCAGACACGUCGAGGAGAGAGCGCAUCAGCGUCACCACUCCAUCCGGACUUCCGGAGAGUAGAAUCGUCGCCUCCGGAGUCCGGACGCCACGACCACCCCCGGGAGAGCCGUCGUCCCCUUCUUGUCCGGCCCAGGCCGGCACGACGAGCCGCCUGACGAGGGAGCAGUAGCUUGGCCGCUCGGCGCUCGCUCGCUCGCUCUUGGUCUCGGCUGCGUGUCUGAAGCUGUUGAUGCGAGUGAGGGCUCGGCUUCCAUGGCUCUCAUGGCGGCGGCGGCGGCGAGGAUGGACGACCACGACGAGUACGCCAAGCUCGUCAGGAGGAUGAACCCACCCAGGGUUGUGAUCGACAACGAGGCCUCCGACGACGCGACGGUGAUCCGGGUAGACAGCGUCAACAGCCACGGCACCCUGCUCGCCGUCGUCCAGGUCAUCGCCGACCUCAACCUCGUUAUCCGCAAGGCGUACUUCUCCUCCGACGGCAACUGGUUCAUGGACGUGUUCAAUGUCACCGACCGUGACGGCAACAAGGUUCUUGACGCCACAACCAUCUCCUACAUCCAGAAGACGCUGGAGGCGGACGACUGGUACUACCCGGAGGCGCGCAACACGGUGGGCAUCGUGCCGUCGGAGGACUACACCUCCAUCGAGCUCACGGGCACCGACCGCCCGGGCCUGCUCUCCGAGGUGUGCGCGGUGCUCGCCGCCAUGGGCUGCGCGGUCCAGAGCGCGGAGCUGUGGACGCACAACACGCGCGUGGCCGCCGUCGUGCACGUCACGGACGCCGGCACCGGCACCGGCGGCGCCAUCGAGGACGCCGCCCGCAUCGCCGACAUCAGCGCGCGCCUGGGCAACCUGCUGCGCGGGCAGAGCGACGUGCGCGCCGCCGGCGCCGGCGCCGGCGCGGGCAGCCUGGCGCUCCACAAGGAGCGGCGCCUGCACCAGAUGAUGUUCGACGACCGGGCUCGACCCGACGGCUCCCCCGGCCCGCCGCGGACGGAGGUGUCCGUGACGCCGUGCGCCGAGCGCGGGUACACCGCCGUGGUGGUCCGGUGCCGGGACCGGCCCAAGCUGCUGUUCGACACGGUGUGCACCAUCACCGACAUGCACUACGUGGUGCACCACGGCACCGUGAGCGCGGAGCCCGGCGGCGGCGCGUACCAGGAGUACUACAUCCGGCACGUGGACGGCCACGCCGUCCGGUGCGACGACGAGCGGCAGCGCCUGGUGCGGUGCCUGGAGGCCGCCAUCGAGCGGCGCACCGCGGAGGGGCUGGAGCUGGAGGUGCGCACGGGGGACCGCGCGGGCCUGCUCUCGGACAUCACCCGCAUCUUCCGGGAGAACGGGCUCACCAUCCGCCGCGCCGAGAUCUCGUCGUCGGGCGGCGAGGCCGUGGACACGUUCUACCUGUCGGACCCGCAGGGCCUCCCCGUGGAGGCCAAGACCAUCGAGGCCAUCCGCGCGCAGAUCGGCGAGGCCACGCUGCGGGUGAAGAACAACCCGUUCGCCGCGGGCGGCGACGUCGCCGGCGGCGCUGGCACCACGGCGUUCAUCUUCGGGAACCUGUUCAAGUUCUACCGGCCGUUCCAGAGCUUCAGCCUCGUCAAGCUCUACUCGUGAUGCCGAUGCGCACUUUGGUAGUAAAUUUUUUCACGUGUUUUGGAUAGUUUUUACUGCAGUUAUUAGCUUGCUGCUCCUUUGAGAUUUCCCAGUUCCCAGUAGUGUAAAUAUGGCUGUGGAUGAUGAUGAUGGCGAUAUACACAGUACAGUGUAAAUAUGUAGUUAGGUUAAGGUUAAGUAGCUGCAAGGUUACGUUGGGAAGAAUGAUAAUUUUAUUGUAGACCCAACAAAUUAGUGCAGACUGGAAUUGAAGGCUAUUCCAUAUUUCCAUCUUUGUAAAUAUUCUUCUUCUUGUACACAUUCUUGUUGGGGCAGAAUAUUCAAGAAAAGGAAAAAAAAACAAACAAAUCUGGAGGAUGUGUAAACACUUUUUGGCUA